AUGGAGAACCCGAACGCCCUUGACGCCCUCGUCCCUGUGCUUGCCUCGUGUCCGGCCGGAAGACGCAGCCGUGGUCAGCUUGCGCCAUCAGAGUCUAAGUUUGGCCUCUCUUCCCGCGCAAAGACAACUGAAGAUACCCCUUCAUCAGACAGAGGCCACUACUCCUCCUUUUCUCAAGAUACCUCACCCAGGGGUAACUAUGAACUCCCCCCUUCCAGAGCCCCUGCUUCAGCUCACCCGCUAGACGAAACUGGCCGUUCUCGGUUCUUCAGCAACUCCGGUUCAGCCUCAACCAUUGGACGCACAAGACCAUCACGCUUGAAUGAUGAACUAUCCCCUGAGCACUCACAGCGCUACAUACCAGAGAGACGUGACUCAGUUCCCGACUUUGCUCAGAAAAAACCAUACAAAUCUAGCCUGGUUAGUUCUCGCAAGACCCGGGCAAUGACAAGCUACGAAUCGGGAACGGAUCGGAACAUAGGAACAGAUACAACUACAAAGUCCAAAAAUGAUGGAACAGAGUCCACCAUGUCAACUACUGCUCCAUCCACCAUCUGGGAUGAACUUGAUGAUCUAAAGUCACGGAUUCGAAAGCUCGAAUUGACCGGAAAACUCCCUUCUUCGUCUGCCGCAGCCAUGUCCUCAAUGGCGGGAGAACGGCCCCGAACGGCCACCACCACGGUAACGACCGUAUCUUCAUCACCAAAACAUAAACAAAAGGCCAGCUCCAACUCGCCCCCCGUUGCUCCGCCGAUACCGGUAGAUACCGAUCCAAGCUUCACGGUCAGCCAGGUUCAUCCUCUACUCCACAGUGCCCUGGCCAAGGCAAAACCGGUUCUGACCCAGGAGGUCUACCAAGCUCUCGAGUCUACGGCAACGGAUGCAAUCAACCUUUCCACUGCCUUGACUUCGAGCAUGCCACAUACCAGCAGCAUGUCUGUCGUUACUUCGGCCAGCAGUCCGGACCGCGUCCUGCGUCGAAAGGCUGAUGGCGUAUGCAGGGGCCUUACCGAGUUGUGCCUUGCUCUCUCCGAAGACAAGCUACGGCCCGUUACCCUCUCCAGAUCAAGGCCAGGGAGUCGAGAUGCUACCACCGUGAAGAUCUUUUCCGCAGGUGAAGGCGAGCCAGGGACGCCAUACCGUCGAAGUGUAAGCCAUGAACCCGAGGACUUCAACUUCAACCGCCUUCAAUCAUCCCUUAACCGCGACUCCCACAGCCGGCGAACCAGCGCACUCAAUCUCUCUCCUAGCAUGACGACCCUAAAAGCAUCACCCCAAGAGGUACCAGACCAGUCAACGACCCAUCUAACGACCCCGUCACAAUCACGAGUCAACCGCCGCUCUUCUCUACUACGUGCGAGACGACAGGAACAAGAAGAGUAUGAUACCAAGCUCCAACCCACCACAAACAGUUCUCUGCACCCCGUCACCCGCUCCAUGACCGUGGCAGACAACAUGCAUUUGGGCAGAGACCGUUUCCACCGCUCAUCCCGCGAAUCAGGAGAACUCCCCAAGCAACCAGCAUCACCACCAUACUCCUCCAUUCCGCACUACGACUACCACUACUCCAUCAGCCUCAACACCUCAGUCUGGAAUCCCACUCCGUCGCACAUUCCUAUCAACAACAAGCAAUAUCCCUACAACCUCGUCCGCGUCCAUCCAGCCUGGUUCCCGCCGCUACGGAACGGUCAACCCACCAUCCGGGCUGUGUGA